AUGCACCGGCUCGCGCUUCUGGCUGCGCUCGCGGCGACCGCCGACGCUGCGUCGCCGCUGGCGCACAUCUUCGACCUCAUGGGCAUUAGCACCUUCCACCGCCAUGGCGUGACGGGCACCGGCGCCGUCGUCGGCGUCACCGACUCGGGCCUGUACAUGGCGCACGCCCAGUUCGCGCAGGCGUCGAGCGUCUACAACCGCUUCGACCUCAAGGCGCGCAAGGUUGUGCACUACGAGACGUUUGCGGACGGGAAGGACCAGUCCAACGAACCGGAUCACGCGUGUGGCCACGGAACGCACGUGAGCGGGAUCCUCGCAGGCAGCGCCGAGUCGACGUACGCGCUGGGCGUCGCGCCGGACGCCCGCAUCGCCUUUCUCGACAUUGCGACUGACUGCACGACGCCGCCGUGCCCGUCCGCCGUGGUGCUUCGAGUGCCCACGACGCCCGACGCUCUCUUCCUCAACCAAACCAAGGCCGGCGCCAAAGUCAUUUCGUACUCGUGGGGCACAGCGUCCACCGGCAGCGAUUUCAUCACGACCACCGACGACUACGACCGCACGCGGGCCAUCGACAAGUACCUGUACGACCACCCGGAGGUGCUGCUCGUCACGGCGGCUGGCAACGCCGGUGGCAACGGCGCCACGUCCAUCGUGAGUCCGGCCGGCGCGAAGAACAGCCUCACGGUCGGCGCGUCAUUGGCCGACACCACUACGCUAGCAACCGAGGCGAGCGACAUGCAGCCAGCCAACUGCCAAGACAUUCUGAACCAGGACGCGCUGGCCUUUUACUCGUCGAUGGGCCCGACGCGCGACGGUCGCAUCAAACCCGACCUCGUCGCACCAGGCCGCUUUCUCGUGUCGGCCAAGUCCUUCCCGAUGGAUAACGCGACGAGCAACGCAUCCAUGUGCCGGCUUGAGGGCACGUCGCAGGCGACACCGGUCGUCUCGGGCAUGGCGACACUCCUCUACACGUGGCUACGGGACGGAUACUGGGUCGACGGGCGCGCAUCAACGGCGUUCGCCAUGUCGUCGAUUCCGUCGAGCUUGCUCAAGGCGCUGCUGCUGCACAGCGCGACGCCGCUUCUCCGGCGGCUGCCCGACAUGUCUUCGACGUCGACGUGCGACGCGAUCAAGAAGAGCAUGUAUCUCUUCAAACAGUAUCCGGACCCGCGCCAAGGCUACGGUCGACCGAACAUCGCGACCCUUUGGCCAUCGGCGACGUCGCCAACCGUCUACUUUUACCCUAACCACACGGGCAUGGUGCCGUCGCUCUCGCAAGGCUAUGUGCACGACUACAGCGUCCGUGUCUCGCCCGGCGACCGCCUCCGAGUCACGAUUGUGUGGACCGAUCCGCCGCAGACGUCGGCGCCUCGCAGCACGUCGCUCCUGACCAACGACCUCGACCUCUCGGUGCUGCUCCCGGGUACGAACAAGGUGGUGUUCCCGCUCUCGACCAACGGCCAGCGCCGGGACAGCGUCAACAACAUUGAAAUGAUCGAUGUCUCGUACGAGACGCUCUCGGGCCUCGCCGCCCGGAGUGCGAGUGCAUCUGGCCCGCUCGUCGUCACAGUGCGCGUCACGGGCGCGCUGCAAGCGUCCGCGCAAGACUACUCGAUCGUGUCGACAGCCAUCCUCGGCGCCGCAACGCUCGGAUCAGCGCCGCCGCUGCCAACGACAUCCACCGACGAGACCGGUGUCGGGUCGUGGGUCCUUGUCGUCGGCGUAAUCGGCGGCGUCUUGCUGCUGCUGUUGGCAGCCUUUGCGUGCAUCGUCCUCUCUCGGCGCCAGAGAAACGAGAACGGCGACUACGAAGCGCUGCAGACAACCGUGCGCAACAUGUUCUCCCGCCACGUCUGCCCGUACUGCCGGUUCAGCACCAAAGAUCCGGUGCUGCUGCUCGCUCACGUCGAGAGCGCUCACGCGCCGACGGUCGCCGAGAGCCGCGAGAUCCUCGAGACGCAGCGGACGGCGUGUCCGCACUGCCACUUUAAAUCGUUCGAUGCCGUCGCGCUCGUCCACCACGUCCAGGCCAUGCACACGUUUGACGACGCCACGUCACCGACGUCGUCGCACUCUGCCUCCAAGAUCUUUAGUUGA